AUGUCGGUGCUAGGUAAGAAGUUCACUUGGUUCAUUGCUGAUGGUAAAUCUAUGAGCCAUAUUGAUAGAUUUCUUUUGUCUCAUGGUUUCAUUACUAUGCACGGUAUUUCUGGCCAGUGGAUUGGUGACCGCAACAUUUCCGACCACUGUCCAGUUUGGUUGAUUGUAUCUCCCAAGCAUUGGGGUCUGAAGCCUUUUAGGGUGCUUAAUGGCUGGUUUGAUCAUCCGGAUUUUCUUCCUUUUGUGGAGAGAUAUUGGAAGGGCUUUGUGGUGCAUGGUAAGAAGACGGUGAAAGAAUUAAAUGAUAUUGAUGGCUUUUUGGGAGGAGAUGAUAUGGGUUUAGAGAUUACUAGAACGGAAGGGCUACAAACUGAUUUUUGGAUACAACUUCAUUUCAAAGAAAGUCUAUUAAAGCAAAAAUCUACAAUGCGGUGGGUUAAAGAAGGGGACAUGAACUCAAAGUAUUUACAUGAAUCAAUUAAAAGUAGAAGACGAAAGAAUAACUUGGCGGCUCUAAAAGAUGGCGAUCAAUGGAUUCAAGGCGUGGCAGAGGUAAAGGGGCACAUGAAGAAUUUUUUUGAGAAUAAUUUCAGUGAGAGGUGGGAACACCGGCCAAAUAUCAAUGGGAUUCAGUUUCAAACUCUUUCUGAAGAGGACAAUCUUUUCUUGAUGACACCUUUCUCCAUUGAUUAA